CCGUAUGAAACUAUUGGAGCCUGCACCAAGAGUUUUUCGUUUUAAAAUUUUGCCGGCGUCAGAUUUCUUGCAAAAUUUGUUGUUCUUGUUCAAUUAAAAACGUGGUUAAACAGGCGUUAAUUUUAUUUAGAAAAAAAAAAUAUUUAUCAAAAUGUCUGAUUGGGAAGAUGAUUCGGAACCGAGUACACACGAAAGAAGUAAGCCUAAAACUUAUACUGAAUCUCGUAGAAGCCAGCAAGAUAGUUACUUUCCUUUUCUGGAACGUGUUUCUGGAAACCCAACAUAUAUUGGUGCUUUAAUUGGACGGAGUGGAUCAAAUAUAAAAAAAAUACAAUCCGAUUUUAAUGUUCGGGUUCAGAUUGAAGAACAGACCAAAGAUAUUACUGUUAAAGGUCGUUAUAGAGAAGAUGUCGACGAAGCUAUUAAAGUUAUUAGUAAAAUUAUGUCUGGAGAAGACUCAAAAUUUAACGGCACAUCAAGUCGUGACAUGCACACUAAACGUAAAGCUGAUUACGGUAAAUCUGAAUAUGAUAAAAGAGAUUACAAUCGUGGUAAAGCUGAAUAUGGUAAAUCUGAAUAUGAUAAAAGAGAUUACAAUCGUGGUAAAGCUGAUUAUGGUAAAUCUGAAUAUGAUGAAAGAGAUUAUAGACGUGGUAAAGCUAAUUAUGGUAAAUCUGAAUAUGAUAAAAGAGAUAACAAUCGUAAUAGCAAUUCUCAAAAUCGGUACAGUAACAAUGAAUAUUAUUCCGGAAAUGACGAAUUUGAACCGAUUGAUUGGACAGCUGCAAAUAGCAGAGCUGAACAGAAAAAUGAUACGGACUCGAAGUAUUCGUUUCCUAAAAAUGAUUAUUCUUUUGGAAAUGAUGAUUUUGAACCAAUCGAUUGGGCAGCUGCAAAUCGUAACGCUGAAGAAUCUCGUAAAGCGCGAUGGGCAAAUGCUCCAAAACUGACAAAAGAUUUUUAUCGUGAAGAGUCAGAAGUUGCUAAUAUGACGAUGAAGGAUGUGAAUGAGUUGCGUCUUUCUAACAAUAACAUUACCGUUUCUCGACUCAUAACAAGUAAAGAUGAAAAGUUUGAUGACAUUCCUAAUCCAGUUUGGAAAUUCAAGCAAUGUUUUAAAGAUUAUCCUGAUCUUCUGGAAGAGAUUAAUAAACAGAACUUUACUGAACCCUCUCCAAUACAGAAGCAAGCAUGGCCUAUAUUAUUAAAAGGAGAAGAUUUGAUAGGUAUAGCCCAAACAGGCACAGGUAAAACCUUAGCAUUUUUGCUUCCAGCUCUGAUUCAUACUGAUGGUCAACCGAAACCUCGCAACGGUCCGAACAUAUUAGUACUGGCACCAACGCGAGAAUUAGCACUACAAAUAGAAAAAGAAGUAAACAAAUACUCGUUCCGUGGAAUGAAAGCUGUAUGUAUUUAUGGUGGCGGUAGUCGACGUGAUCAAAUUAAUGAUUUUCAAAAAGGUGCUGAAUGCAUUAUUUGCACACCUGGACGACUCAAUGACUUAGUUCAAGCUAAAGUUAUUGAUGUUACAACCAUAACAUAUUUAAUAUUGGAUGAAGCAGACCGUAUGCUGGAUUUGGGUUUUGAACCACAGAUUCGUAAAAUUUUACUUGAUAUACGUCCUGAUCGACAGACCGUUAUGACUAGUGCUACAUGGCCUGCAGGUGUUAGAAGACUCGCAGAAAGUUAUAUGAAGGACCCUAUACAAGUGUAUGUUGGUUCGCUCGAUUUAACAGCAACACAUACAGUAAAACAAGUUAUUGAAUUCGUAGAAGAAGACCAGAAAUUUAAUGUGGUCUUAAGAUUUUUAAAACGAUUAAUGGGAAGUGAUAAGGUUAUUAUUUUCUGUGGUAAGCGAACUCGUGCUGACGAUUUAUCCAGUGAACUUUGUUUGGAAGGCCUUUCAACACAAUGUAUACAUGGAUCACGUGAUCAGGCCGAUCGAGAACAAGCAAUUGCUGAUAUAUCGUCAGGUGAUAUACAGGUGUUAGUAGCUACAGAUGUGGCUUCAAGAGGCUUAGAUAUUGAUGAUAUAACGCAUGUUAUUAAUUUCGAUUUUCCACGUAAUAUUGAAGAGUAUGUUCAUCGUGUUGGUAGAACUGGACGCGCUGGGCGAUCCGGCACUUCCAUAAGUUAUAUAACACGCUCAGAUUGGGGUAUUGCAAAGGAUCUCAUUCGUAUUUUAGAAGAAGCUGGUCAAGAAGUUCCAGAAGAACUACAUAGAAUGUCCAACCGUUUUGACGAGAUGAAAGAAAGACGUGGUACAGAUUUUAAAAGGGGUGGUCGUUUUAAUCGCCGUUACUAAAUAAUACUUUUUUAAACAUAGUACGAAUAAUCACUAUUAAGAUUAACAUGGUAACAGCGCACCUUGAAAACAACAUUGCAUUUUGUUUUUCACAUUGCAGAGGUAACAUGUUAUUCGAUAAACAAGAUCGUAAAUAACCCUGUUUGAUUCGAACCGAUCAGUGUUAUACUUAAAAGAACGUUGAUCGUUAAAAUUGAAAAUUAAUUAACAAACUAUUUCUAAUGUUAUUAGUAUAGUAAUGAACAAUAAGAAAAAUCUGAAA